UUAGGUCCAAUUAGGGUUUGUAAUAUUCAAGCUCCACUUUCAAAAGAUCAAGCCCAUUUCUUCGUCUUCCACCUCCAGUUUCUGCAACAGAACUUGGAUUUUCUGUUCAAUCAUUCCAAAAGAAAAAGAGAUUUUCAACGUUAUAGAAGAAUAUAUAAAAGAAAUCAGUUUCGCCGGCGUAUACUCCUUCGCGAUUGAUCUAUCAAUCGAGGUAAGAUUUAUUCUCUUCAAUCUUCUCUUCUCUGACUUGUUUAUGGAGGAGAAGUUUCCUGAUAUGUAUCGAUUUGCGAAGAUGCCAUGGGAGCCUCGAAUGGCCCAAGACUCUCAGGAAUGCAGAAGCAAGUGCUUAGUCUCUACCGAGCAUUUCUGCGAGCUGCUCGUUUGAAAUCCCCUGAAGAUCGCCGACAGAUUGAAUCCAUGGUAUCGGCAGAGUUUCGCCACAACUCCCAGCAUGUAGAUCGCAAGAAUUUCCUCUACAUCGAGUAUUUGCUUCGUCGGGAUAAACCCUACAUGUGGCAUCACAGGUCGGAUAUUUUUGAGUUUGCAUCUAGUUAUGGUAUAAAAAUUGAGUUCUAUUCAGAUAUGGUGAUUUUUGCAGAUAAACCCUACAUGUUUCCACUGAUGAUUCAGUUCCAUCAUUUCGGAAAGACUUGCAGCUUGCUGUGUAUCGAACAACUAUGAUUAUUCCCAUUUUGCAAGGGAACAAAUCUCUUAGACUUUUAACGCAUUAUUAUUUUUUUUCCCAUUUUGAAAAAUAGGCAAAAUAUUGAUAUAUUAAGAGCCUUUUGUAGCAUAAAAUUGAUAGUGGCCACAAAAUAAGUUAGGUUUAGUGUGUGACAUAACAAUUAAAUGAGGAUAUGAUGGUCCACCAGAUAAUUGACAUGCAGAGCAUUUUGGAACUCAGAGUUAAAUGUGAUAUAAGCCUUUACUUCCUUAUCAUGCUAUUCUUGACAUAUCAGUGAGAGGAAUCCAAAAAUGUAAUAAGCAGGAAAAUAACAGAAAAUUUGAAAAUUUGAAAUUUAUAUAUAAAACCCAAUAUUCUUCUUUAACUGUUUUUAUUUUAUAUUUAUUUGAAAAAAAAAAAAGGGAAAGG